AUGUUCGAAUGCAUCACACUAUUUCUUCUCCUCGCACAUGUCUGUUGGGCCUGUCCGCCCACGCACCGUCCUCGGUGCAGAUACGGAGACCCUUGCUGGCCCGAUGAACAGGAAUGGCAAGCCUUCAACAACAGUAUCUCGGGCCGCCUCGUCCGGACCUUCCCUUCAGCAGCUGUUUGCCACGAGGAACAAUUCGACAACGAAAAGUGCAAGCAGACAAGACAGGAAUGGGACAAUAGUUUUUGGAGAACCAAUCAGUCGGGGGCAUAUAGUGCCAUUGUAUGGGAGUUGGGCAGCCAACAGUGCUUCAUCAAUUCGUCAAGGACUGCACCCUGCCAGCCAGGGUUGGGUAUCCUUCCACACUAUUCGGUGGCAGCACAAUCUGUGGGAGACAUUGAAGCCGCGGUCAAGUUCGCCAACAAAAGACACCUCUACCUUGUGGUAAAGAACACCGGCCAUGAUCACCUCGGGCGAUCGAGUGGACGGGGCGCUUUUGCCAUUUGGACUCACAAUCUGAAAGGGAGACAGUGGACACAGAGCUAUGUCGUCGAGGGUGCACCCGCAGAGAGUCAAGGUGUGCCAGCUGUCACACUACAAGCAGGAGAGCAGUGGCUAGAUGUGUAUCGAGCUGCUGCCGAACAGCAUGUGAUCAUCGUCGGUGGCCAUGCCAGAACAGUUGGAGCCGCUGGCGGCUGGUUGACGGGAGGCGGUCACUCGGCCUGGUCGAAUCUUUACGGUCUCGGCGUCGACAAUGUGCUGGAAAUCAAAUUGGUCAAUGCGCAGGGAGAACACGUCACUAUUAAUCAGUAUACUGAUCCAGAUUAUUUCUGGGCCUUGCGCGGCGGCGGAGGAAGCGCAUGGGGUGUCAUAACCUCAGUGACAUAUCGUACUCACCCAGAACCCACGCAUAUUCAGGUGGCCGCUAUACAGAUCAACGCCACUACGAACUCAAGCCUUCGUCCACUCCUACAAGGGUCUUUAGGUGCCUUGGUGAAUAUGACAGAUGCCGGCUAUACUGGAUACGGGUACCUCAGUAAUGGUUUCUCUGGCCUCUUUAUCCGACCUGGAGGUACCGAUGCAGAACUGGCCCAAGGUUCAGCGGCCUUUCAGCAGCUAGGACUCAUCAACGGCACCAGCUUCGCCGCGUUCAACUUCACUUUUCCCCGCUGGAUUGAUUACUGCAACACAUUUCUUCAGGACCCAAACAUCGCUCUGAAUGUCAUGGAUUCAUCUCGGCUCCUUACUCCGGACAUGGCGUUCAACAAAGCCGAUGAGAUUAUCGACAUGAUGUUGAAGUUUGGUCCGGACCACUAUCCAUCGUUCAACUUUGUUGGGCAUGUCAACUCCACCACGCGGGACAACACGUCAGUUCACCCUUCGUGGCGGGAGGGCCGGGCGGUUAUGAGCUUCGGCACGAACUGGGACGAUGAAGCGCCCGAAGCUGAGAAGCAUCAGAAGAGACUUCAAUUGGUUGAAAUGAGCAAGCGAUGGACCAAGAUCGUUGGACCGGACGGAGGGACGUAUGCGAACGAAGCCAACCCCUUCGAGCCUAACUGGGAAAGAGUCUUUUGGGGAUCCAACUACGAGCGCUUGUUGAGGAUCAAGAGGACCAAGGAUCCUACAAACCUAUUCACCUGCAACCGCUGUGUGGGGUCGGACAUCGUGUAUAAAGCGUGA